AUGCCUGUGGUAUCACCACCCCUCAUCAGGUGUCCGCACUGCAAGGCUGGCCAUGUACCCUCAAGUGGGGAGCUGGUGGAGGGGGUGUAUGCGGCUAACUGCCAGGCCUGUGGGCACUUCUUCAAGACCAGAGCUGUUCCCACCCCCAAGUCACAGUUUAGCUUCACUGUGAAUGGCCAGACCCACACAGUGGGUAACCAGUUCUCUGCAGGGACCACACUGAAUGAUUUCCUGCGAGAUACCGGCAUCUCUCAUGGGACGAAGGUUAUGUGUCGGGAAGCUGGGUGUGGCUGUUGCACCGUGGCUGCAACCCUCAAUGACCCCGUCACAAACAAGCCCAAAACCAUCAACAUCAACUCUUGUCUGUGUCCACUGUACAUUGUGGAAGGCUGGACCAUAACCACCACUGAGGGGCUGGGAAAUGGACGUACUGGCUACCAUCAGAUCCACCAGCAGCUGGCUGCCCAUAACGGGACUCAGUGUGGCUACUGUAGUCCCGGCAUGGUCAUGGCUAUGUACAGUUUCCUGCAGAAGAAUCCAUCCCCAACCAUGGCAGAAGUGGAGGAUCACUUUGAUGGCAACCUUUGCAGGUGUACAGGUUAUCGCUCUAUUCUUGAUGCCAUGAAGUCCUUUGCUAAAGAUGCCCCUCAUCAUUUGAAGGCAACUGGUGUGGACAUUGAGGACCUGACUCGAGUGUGUAAGCGUACUGGGGAGCCUUGUCGUGGUCAGUGUGGAGGGACUGGUCCCCUGCAGAUUGUGUUUGCCAGCAGUGUGUGGUAUAAACCCACCUCUCUGGCAGACCUCUACAGCCUUCUGAACCAACACACCAGGGACCGAGUCAGAAUGAUAUUUGGCAACACAGCCUCAGGUGUCUACAGUGACUUGAAGUUGGACAACUUUGACACGCUGAUCGACAUCAGAGAUGUACCAGAGUUAAACACUCAUACUAUUGGAACAAAUGUAGUGCUGGGCGGUAACAUCACCAUAACAACAGCGAUUGACCUUCUUCGUGAAGCAUGUAACAACACAUUGUUUAGCUACUGUUCUCUUCUGGCAGACCACAUGGCACGAGUUGGAAAUACCCCCCUCAGAAACGCUGCGAGUGUUGCUGGAAAUCUAGUGUUAAAACACUACAGCCCUGACUUCCAAUCUGACAUCUUUGUAGUAUUUGCUGCAGUGGGAGCUAUAGCCAACAUAGCUUCUUCUGUGGAUGGGAAGGUGACUCAGUACAGCAUGCUAGACUUCCUCGACCUUAACCUUGCCCAAAAGGUCAUCCUGAGUAUAGAGCUACCUCCCUUGGAUGCUGGUGUUGUGGUCCGUUGCUACAAAAUAAUGCCUGUAGCUGUGAAUUCUCACUCGUACGUGUCAGCAGCGUUCAGAUUCCCUGUGGACCGCAGCAACAAUUGCACCAUCACAGCCAAGCCAAGCAUCGUGUAUGCGGGAAUUUCAUUCACUCUGAACAAUGCUGAGAAGACAGAACAGUAUUUGGUUGGGAAGGCUUUGGGAGAUGCACAGACACUGAAAGGUGCCCUUCAGACUCUACAGCAGGAAAUUAAACCAGAUGAAGACCCGCUGCUGUCCAGCGCAGCUUACAGAAAGAGUCUGUGUCUGUCUCUCUUCUACAAGACAUGUCUGGUGGUUUGUGGGAAUGUGGUGGGAUCACGCAUCAGAACAGGGGGAGAUAACUUAGUUAGACCAGUAAGCUCUGGCAAGCAGGAUUUUCCAACAAAACAGGACGAGUGGCCACUGACAAAGCCUAUCCCAAAACUGACCGCCAUUAAACAGGCAGCAGGAGAGGCGGUCUAUGUGAAUGACAAGCCACUGCGUGUAGGAGAGCUUCAUGCGGCCUUUGUGACCACCAUUGUGGGAAACGCCCGCAUCCAGAGGAUCGACGCUUCCCCGGCUUUGGCCAUGUCAGGGGUGGUGAAGUUUCUGUCAGCACCUGAUGUUCCCGGCACUAACAACUGCUUCCCGGGAUCCGCGGCUGGUGAAGAGCUGUUCUGUAGUAACCAGGUGUUGUAUGCUGGUCAGCCUGUAGGACUCAUUGUCGCAGAAUCGCAGCAGAUAGCUGAUGCAGCAGCAAAGAUGGUGAAGGUGUAUUACACAGAUAUACAGCCCCCUCUGGUGGACAUAAGGGAGGCAAUCCGACAAAAAUCCUUCUUCACUCAAAACAUGCCAAAAGAAAUGAAGAUCGGGGAUGCAGCCAGUGCAAUAUCCUCGGCUGCCCAUCAGAUCACAGGAGAUAUUCAGUUUGGGGGACAGUCACAUUUCUGCCUGGAAACCAUGAUAUGCAGAUCUGAGCCGACAGAGGUUGGCAUUUCUGUGUUCCCCGCCACCCAGUGGAUUGAUCUCACCCAGAAGGCUGUGGCCAUGGUACUGGGCAUUGAACAAAACAAGAUUCAGAUCGAGGUGAGCCGAUUAGGUGGGUCAUAUGGUGCUAAACUGACACGGUCCUUCUCGACGUCUUGUGCCAGUGCCUUAGCUGCUCAUCUCCUCCAGAGACCUGUGAAGCUGAUGAUGAACUUCAACACCCAGAUGGAGACGACCGGAAAAAGGCCAUCCUACUAUGCUCAGUACAAUGUGGGUGUCUCUGAUGCAGGUCUCCUACAAGGCAUAAAGCUCACCUACUACAGCGAGUGUGGGGCCCUGCCUAAUGACCAGCUGGCUGGCGGGUUCUCUUACUUUGGUGAUAAUGUCUACAACUGUCCAAACUGGGACAUCAUUCCUGUGGGGGUGAAGAUGAACACCCCGCCCACAACCUAUGCAAGGGGACCAGGAGCCACACCUGCCAUCUUUGUCAUGGAAACCAUUAUGGAACAUGUUGCUGAAUCCUUAGGGAAGAGUGCUUUGGAGGUGAAGACCCUGAAUAUGUACCAGAAAGGCCAGAAAGCCUUCAACAACUACACGUUGUCGUACUGUAAUAUCCGUGAGUUGGCCAGCAGCCUGAGUACCUCGGCACAGAUUGCAGCUCGUCAAGCCGCAGUGGACGUCUUCAACCAGAACAACAGAUGGAAGAAGAAAGGUCUAGCUGUUGUCCCUACCAAAUACAUCAUGGUCAAUGAUUCCAGCUACAAUGCCUUGGUGAACAUCUAUGCUGGGGAUGGAAGUGUGACAGUCACUCAUGCUGGCAUAGAGAACGGCCAAGGCAUCAAUACAAAGGUAGCUCAGGUGUGUGCUUAUGAGCUGGGAAUUCCCCUGGACUCUGUGAAGGUUCUGCCGACCAAUUCCUCAGCGAAUGCCAACACUGCGGUAACUGGAGGGAGCACCACCAGUGAGCAGAACUGCGAGGCUGUUAUCUCGGCCUGUAUGACCCUCAACGCCCGCAUGGCACCAGUUAAGGCCACCAUGCCUAAUGCAACAUGGCUCGAACUUGUCAAGGCUUGUUAUCAGAAAGGAGUGGACCUCAGUGCAUUAGCAUGGGUGUAUGGUUCCAGUGACAGAAUGUAUCAGUGUUACGGCAUCACCUGUACGGAGGUAGAGUUAGAUGUUCUCACCGGGGAGUACUUACUGCUACGGUCAGAUAUCCUGUAUGACUGUGGGGAGAGCAUGAACCCUGAAAUAGACAUAGGUCAGGUGGAGGGGGCGUUUGUGAUGGGCCUGGGGUUGUGGUUGACAGAGAAGAUCAAGUAUGAUCCAGUGACAGGACGUAACCUCACCAACACUGCCUGGGAAUACAAGCCUCCCUCAGCCAAGGACAUUCCUGUUGACUUCAGAGUACAGCUGCUGAAAAAUGCACCCAACCCAGUUGGUGUUCUCAGGUCCAAAGCCGUGGGAGAGCCACCCCUGUGUAUGAGCUGCUCUGCUUUGUUUGCCCUCAAACAUGCAAUAAGCGCCAGCCGCAAGGAUGUUGCACAGACUGACCAUUUCCCUCUAAAUGGCCCAGCUACAGUGGAGAAUGUCCAGCAGCAGUGUAUGUGUGGUCUGGACCAGUUUGUGUACCAGUAGAUCCAUUACAGUUUGGAACAGUUUUAGUUGUGUGUGUGGAAGAUAUUGAAGUGAUCAAAUACAUCACGGAAUCUAACUGAAGACUUCAACAUACCAGUAUCAAGUAUGAUGAUAACCAAUGGUUCUAAGGAAGGCCUCCGUCGUGAAUUGAAUUUAUAUGGUGAAGUGUUUGAAUGUUUGACUGUACGUUAGAAAAAUAAGGCAUUAAAUUGUUUGUUAAUCUUUUUCCUGGUCUGUAUAGCUAUUUUCUUUGCUUGAUAUGUUCAGCCAAGUGCUUCAACUUACAUGUGAUAUAUGAUAGCUAUAAUUAUUUUAUUAUUAUAUGUAUUUAUAUUGUAACAUGAUA